ACAAAAAAAAAAGACAAACAAAAAAUAAUCACACACAAAAGAAAACUUUAAAGUGAGCGGAAGUGUGCGGAAGUUGGGCUGUUUAAACAGCAGCCGAAACAAAAACAACUCCAAUAAUUGUGAGCAACGAAAAUAUAAUAGACAUCAACACAGCGCGCAGCAAAGUAGGCAACAGUUUUUUGUUGCGCACCAUGGAAAUGGAUGUCAAUCGCCAGACACGCCACAAUGCCAACCUAAUGACCAUAUCCGCCCGCUGUUGCGCCAACAACAAUGCAACAAGAGAAACAACAGCAGCAGCAGCAACAGCAGCUACAACAAUAAGAGACAGGACAGCAACAACAACAACAACGGGCUGCUGCGGCAUCUUGAGUCGCCUGUUCUGCGUGAGUCGCCACAAGGCGACACAAUCGGUGGCAGGCACCGAGUGCAGCCACAGCGAGCCACUGUUCAUGCAACGUAAAACACUAACAACACAGCCGGCAGCGCAGCGACGUCGUCGCACGCCACAGGAAAUCUAUUUUGAGAGUCGCGGCAAAUCUUGCAAGAAGCUAUUGAAAUUCAAUGGUAAUUCCAAUAAGAUAUUGCUGUAUCCGGAGGAGGGCUGGGCGAGGACUGCCUCAUCCAGCUACUGGACCAUCACGCCCUGCUGGUGGCAGCCAAAUCGUUGUCGCAUUGUCGAAUGUGCUGGCACGCAACGGCAGGCGACCAAGGCCAGAAUGCUGCCCAUGGAGCAGCAGGGCUCGCUACUGAUUGCCGGACACUUUCGCCGGCCGCCAAUAGCGGCAACAGCAACAGCCACCACAUCAACAGCAGCAGCAGCAACAACAACAACAGGCACCGCAGCAGCAGCAGCAGCAGCUGGAGUUGGUUCUGGCAGUCGAGGACAGUCAAAUUCGAAAUCACAGCUGGCGUAUAAUGAUGAGUUUAAACUGUAUCUGACAUCGAACAUCUCGAUGGAGGACUACAAUAUGGGCUACUGUCUAACUGGCUUUGUCGAGCGUCGCUGCCAGCUGACAAACACCUUUCAAAUGACACACUUUGCUGUCAUCAAGCGGCAAUGGCCGCCGCCGUCCAAUCUAAGCAACAGCAACAGCAACUCAUAGGCAGUCAAUGUGAUCCUGUGUCCCCAUUUUAGUAUAUAUAUACAUA